AGUUGUAUCGGUGGUGUUUAUGUUUCCAAAAGUGGGUAUCUUUUAGUGUUUGUUUUGCAAACAUAGAAACCGAAGGUGCUCGCGGAAACCAGUACUACUGUAUUCCAGUCAGUGGGUGUAGAAGUGUUGGUGUUAUGUGGCGUGUGCUGUGAUUAUCACCAUGAAGUGUUUGUGGGUGGUGCUGAUGGUUGCGGCGGCGGCGGGGGCCGAGUCGGAGGGUUGGCUGAACAAGUUCGGGUCCAACCUGCGAUCAGAGCUGGGGCAGGUGCUUGGGGCCACGGAGGUGCCGUACUUCGAGGCCGUGGUGAACGUGACCUAUGUCUCCCGGAGCGAGUUUGACAUGAGGGCCAUGGGGCCGCUCUACAACUCCACGCCCGCCAUCAUUAACACCAUCGCCAACAAGCAGGCGUACCCUGAAGGCAUAGUGUCUAUGUCGGACUGGCACAUCGAGGUGGCGUCUCUGUCGGAGAACUGGCGUCCACUGCUGGCGCACUACGCGGGGCCGGGCGCCGUGCUCGUCAUAGCGGUGCUGCUGGCUGCUGCGCUGCCGAUUGCUGGUUUGUUCUGGUGCUGCUGCCACUGGUGCCGCGGCAAGCGCCGGCGCCCCUUCGACCGCAAGUUCGACUCGUGCCUGAAGGGGAUCCUCGCCAUAGUGCUGAUAGCACUGCUCACGCUCUUCUUGUUCGGCGUAGUAUGCGCAUUCGCGACCGACGCGCAGCUCGAGCGCAGCGCGGCGGAGUCCCCGGGCGCCGUGCGUGCCGCCGCGCAGGACGUCAAAGAGUUCCUCAAUGCAACCCAGGCGCAUGCGCACUGGCUGCUGGUGGUUAACUACAAGCAGUUGGAGGAUACGCUGCAGACUAUGCUUAAUAACAGCGGCGAACAAGUAUCUGUGCAACUGGGCGAGUUCUCCCGAGCAGUAUCCGUUACGGCCCUUGCGCGCAUGGUGCGGCAACUGGAGAGCGUGCAACAAGAGCUGCGGCGCGUGCGCAACGUGACCGCGUCGCUGCGGUACAACGCCGAGAGACUCAACACCGGUCUGCGCAAGGUCCGCCACCAGCUCCUCCUGACCCUGAAGAACUGCGAGCAGCCUCAGUGCAGACGCUUACAGGAGAAGUACCGGAUCGGGCAGCUCGACACGCAGAUACAGUACAACCAGAUGCCGGACGUCUCCGAACUCCUCAACAACGUGUCCGCGCUGCUGGAGGCGGACAUCGUGCGCGAGGUGGCGCGCGGCGCGGACGUGUUCGCGGACAUCCAGCGCGCCGUGCGCACGGAGGUGUCCGCGCGCAUGCCGGCCGCCGCCGCCGAGCUGCAGCGGCAAGGCGAGCGUCUCCGCAACAUGUCGGCCACGAUCACGGCGCAGUGCGCGCGGCUGUCCGCGGCGACACAGGACGCGGCCAAGGAGGCGGCCGAGACCAUCGAGCAAGCGCACCGGCAGUACGGGCCGUAUCGACGCUACGUCGGCAUCGGCGCCGCCACCGCCAUGUUACUGAUACUGUCAGUAUUGAUCUGGGGUCUGCUCUGCGGCGUGUGCGGUAAGCGGCCCGACGUGUACGCAUCGUCGGAUUGUUGCAACAAGGCGUCCGGCUCCAGAUGGCUGCUGUGCGGCACAGGGCUGAUGUUCCUGCUGGGCGGCGCGGCGGCGCUGGUGCUGGCGGCCUACUUCGCCGUCGGCAUCACGGCGCAGCGCUUCGUGUGUGAUCCGCUCACUGAGCCAAAGGGCAACCGUCUGUUCGAAGACGUGGAUCGCUUCCUGGACCUGGAGAUGGCGCUGUUCAAAGAACACCGAGACCCCGACUUCAACCUGUCCGCUGUGUUAUACCGCUGUCAGGACAACCAGACCAUCUACACGACGCUCCACUUCCACCGAAUAAUCGACCUGGAAGCCAUCAAGUCGGACCUGGAGCUCCAGAUCACCCGGCAGGUGGCAGCCCUACAGCCUGCUUACCCGACGCAGGCGCGCAACGUCGUCAUACUGAAGCCUUCAGCCAAGGAGAAGCUCAAACAGCUGGCGGCUACCGGGUUAAGCGAGUUUAACUUUGACAGGAUUCUUGAGGCGCUGGAAACGAACAUCACCUCCCUCUCGCUGGACUCUCUCUCCGCUCAACUCGAGGCGGCGGCCGGUGAGCUGAUGUCUAGACCCGCGUUCACUCAACUCACCAUCGAGCUGCGCGACGCGGCCGCCAUGCUGCGGACCUACCAUGAUGAUAUCGUCGUGCCGAUUACUGCUGAUACUAGCAAACUGCAUGAGACAGCAACAGCCCUCCGCGACGGCCUCCGCUUCAACCACUCGUCGCUGGCAGAAGCGGUCGCGCACCUGAUGGCCGAGACCGAGCAGGCCGAGCUGUUCCUCAACACGCAGGGCCCGCAGCUCAUACAGAAUCUAACCCGCGACUUCGGCGACUCGAUCGCGGCGCCCAUGCGCGCGUACCUCGAGCGCGUGGUGCGCGCGGCCGGCAGCGAUGUGGGCCGCUGCGGGCCGCUGGCGCAGGCCUACAACUCGACCCGCGACGCCGCCUGCACGCACGUGCUCAUGCCCAUCAACGGCUACUGGAUGUCCCUCGCCUGGUGCAUUCUGCUCUUCGUGCCGAUAAUGUUGGUCUCACAGAAACUGGCUCGCCUCUACCGCAGUCUAGACCCGUACCCAGGACCGCUGGUCGAAGCCGAGUAUUUGUAUGACGCGUACGCGGACCGCGAUAACGUACCCCUUGCCAAUGGCUCCAAGCGCAGCACGCUAGACAUCGAGGGUAAGAUAGCGGAGUGGAAGUGUCGAGCCACCGCGCCCCCCGCGUCCCCCGGCCACGCCCCCGCCCCCGCCGGCUCCACCGAGCUGGUGCUAGAGGCGGGGGGUGGAGUCGUCUGCGCCCUGCUACCCCCAGCGGCACUCAUAGAUGACCUGAGGACUCGACUGGAUCACAAAGAUGAAGAUAACGAGAGCGGCAUUCACGAUGCUGAGUAACUUGACUGGUUCGGG